UAAACUAUUUUAUGUAAGAUUUCCUACAAGCUCUUUGCACUGUCAAGCAUCUGAUAUAAGCCGAGGGAAAAAUGGAUCGUGGGAAGGACAAGAAUUAUGAUGACAAAGGGCUUUUUUCAAACCUAGCUCAUGGUUUUGGUGGAUAUGGACAUUACCCCCCACCAUCUGGAGCAUACCCUCCCCAAGGUUACCCUCCACAAGGUUAUCCUCCACAAGGUUACCCACCCCAAGGUUACCCUCCCCAAGGUUACCCUCCUCAAGGUUACCCUCCGCAAGGUUACCCACCAGCAGGAUAUCCCUCACAAGGCUACCCACCAGCAGGAUAUCCUCCUCCAAGCGCAUACCCACCAGGAGGAUAUCCUCGUCCUCCUCCAUCUGCUCCGCAUUAUCCAGGGCAUGGAUCUGGAUCCGGAAUGGGGGCAUUGCUAGCUGGUGGUGCCGCCGCUGCUGCUGCUGCUUAUGGAGCACACAGUAUGUCACACGGUGCUCAUCAUCUUGGUCAUGGAGCCUAUUUCGGUGGACAUGGUAAGCAUGGAAAAUUCAAGCACGGAAAGUUUAAGCAUGGGAAAUUUGGGAGAUUUGGCCAUGGGAAGCAUAAGAGGUUUGGUGGAAAGUUCAAGAAGUGGAAGUAAAUCUUUUUUUUCUGAAAGACAAACUUUACUAUCAUUCUGGAAUGACGAUUAUAUUUUUUUUGUUUUUCCAUUCAUAGUCCUCUUGACGAGGGUUUAAUUACUUCGACAUAUAUAUGGGCCUAGCUGCUUUCUAUGGUGUUUAUAUUAUUACCCGAAGUAAAUGAAUGAACUGCUCGUCUGUUCUGAUGAGGCUGAUACUUUGAAUGUUUGUUGUUUCUUGGGGUUCGGAGUUGUACAUGAAGUUACAUUCACAGAAAAACAUUUUUUGUAGUUACCUACUCAGUUAUGACCAGUUUCAUGAACAAGAUACUAUUUGGAAAGACCAAUUAUUUCUCCUGGUUGGAGGCAUAAUCAAAAUUAGUUGCAAGUUAGAUUGCUGGAUG